GACUCAGUGAAUCAUGAUCGUGAGUGAGAAGGGGUUUCACCUGAACGGGUGUUGCGAAGUGCGUUGUUUAUUUAGUUAACGGCUUUUGCAACUUUGCCAAGUAUGGCAACAAUUAGUGCGCAAGUGCGUAAAAUAUGUUUCCGAACUUAAGAAUUGUUCCAGUCGGUAUUUCAUCGCGAUAUAACGUGCGUGUGUGUGUCGCCUUCUCUGGUGGUAUUGUUCGGGGACGAUGGCACUGAUGCCGCCAAAUUUCUGUUGUGUACCCUACGUGCUUCCUUCUGUGUGCGCUGAUAGCAACUGUGCCCCACAAAAUGUUCACAAAACUCUGCGGAACUCGCUGUGAUCGCUUGCAGCAUGCCAGCAGGAGAUCAACAUUGGCCUUCACAUUAGCUGUGUGAGCUGCAUCCCAGAGUUCGUCCGAAGUUGUCGGAGUUAACAAGAGAACUUCAAACUAUGGCUCACGGUCGACGAAGUAGCCUAGACUUCCCAACAGGCUCCGAACACUUCUCCAGAAUCAGACGGGCCAGCUGCAAGCCGGACCUGUUGGAAGGCAGCGGAUGUUACUUGUCCCGUACUCCGCCCAGCAGCUCUCCUCGACGUUUCGACGAGGCGUCCCUCCACGGUGAGCUGGGUGCCUCGUCCUCCUUAUGGCCCCCCGUCCGACGUCUUGCUCGUUCUGGCGGACCACGAGGGCACGUUGAAGACGCCAUCCACCGUCGCCGGCGCGAGAGCAUAGCCGCAACUCCAGGACCCUUCAGCGCGGUGGCACAAGGAUUAGUGACAUCAGGGCCGUCGAAUUUGGUUCGCAUGCGAAGUUCCACCAUGGGCCAAUCUGCACCUUCUUUAUCGCCUACUGUGAAAGAGCUCAAUGUCUCUAGGAGAGGGAGCCGGUGUGCAGCUCGGAAGAGUCUUAUCUGCAACACUUCUCCCACUCUGCCCAGGUGUCACUCCCCCAUUCCGCAGAGUAGUCCUUUGGAUAGCCCCAGAAACAUGUCCCCAAGCCAACACUUCGCAUUUGCCUCGGUGAAGAAAGGCGACGGUCGCAGAUGGUCAGUGGCGUCCCUUCCCUCUUCGGGGUAUGGAACCAACACUCCCGGCAGCUCUAAUGUUUCGUCCCAGUGCUCGAGCCAGGAGAAGUUACACCUCCUCCCGUCACACCCCACGCCGGACGACCCCGGUGGCCACCCCCUGGCUCUCCGCCAUUUUAGUAGCAACGAGAGCAAUCCUGGUCUGGAAGAUGAGCAUCAUCAACAUCACCAUUCAGCAGCGUCUUCACCCCAUGUGCGCCCCCGGUCAAGAAGCCUCAGUGCUUUGGAUUGGGUAGCAUACAGGAAAUGUAGUCCGAUGAGAUCGCCUGGACUGGAUCACGAAGUGAUCCUCAUGAACAACAUCUACAAGGAGAGGUUCCCAAAGGCAACGCAGCAGAUGGAAGAACGCCUCGAAAGGCUAGUGAACGACCACAGAGAGCUGGAUCCACAACACGCAUCCGACGCGGUGGCGCGAUUUGCUCAUCACCAGAUCAUCGAGCUGGCACGCGACUGUCUCGACAAGUCGCGCGAGAAACUGGUCACAUCCGAGUACUUCUUUGAACUCACAGAGAGUCUCGAGAAGCUCAUCAUCGAGUGCCAGGAGAAGUCUCCCGAAGCUGCGCAGCAUUUACGGAAGCUGGUGAAAAAGUUACUGGUUACGGUUUCACGACCUGCGCGUCUUCUCGAAUGCCUGGAAUUUGAUCCGGAAGAGUUUUACCGGCUACUGGAAGCGGCGGAAGGUCAGGCAAAAGUGGUGCAGGGGGUCACAACGGACAUCCCUCAAUACAUUAUCAACAAGCUGGGACUCAACAGGGACCCCUUUGCUGAUUUGGCGGCAGAAGUCACGGAGCAGUUAGAUUCCCUCCCAGAGGUAGAAGACAAGAAAACAAAGACAAAAGCGCCCUGUGAAGAUGAUUUUGAGACGAUAAAAUUAAUCAGCAAUGGUGCAUAUGGUGCCGUGCACUUAGUGCGUCAUAAAGAAACACGCCAGCGAUACGCCAUGAAGAAAAUCAACAAGCAAAAUCUGGUGCUUCGCAACCAGGUGGAGCAAGUGUUCGCGGAGCGGGACAUCAUGAGUUUUACGGACAACCCUUUCGUUGUCAGCAUGUUCUGCAGCUUUGAAACUAAGAGACAUCUGUGUCUUGUCAUGGAAUAUGUGGAAGGCGGUGACACUGCCACUCUGCUGAAAAAUAUGGGACCACUGCCUGUGGACAUUGCAAAGUUCUACUUUGCAGAGACUGUCCUAGCUGUAGAAUACUUGCAUAGCUAUGGAAUUGUACAUCGUGACCUUAAGCCAGACAAUUUGCUGAUAACCAAUAUGGGUCACAUCAAACUGACAGAUUUUGGUCUGUCCAAGGUUGGGCUAAUGAAUAUGGCGACAAAUUUGUACGAGGGUUACAUCGACAAAGAGGCGAAGCAGUUUACGGACAAGCAGGUGUACGGAACACCCGAGUACAUCGCCCCCGAAGUAAUACUUCGUCAGGGUUAUGGUAAGCCUGUUGAUUGGUGGUCAAUGGGCAUUAUUCUGUACGAAUUUCUGAUUGGCAUGGUGCCCUUCUUUGGAGAGACUCCCGAGGAGCUGUUUGCUCAUGUGAUAAACGACGAGAUUGAGUGGCCAGAUGAUGAUGACUGGCCAUUACCCGAAGAGGCGAGGAUGCUCGUCACCCAGUUACUUCAACAGAAUCCGUUAGAACGGUUGGGAACUGGGGGAGCUCACGAAGUGAAGGAGCACCCUUUCUUUGGCGAUGUGGACUGGGACUCCGUGCUACGGCUAAAGGCCGAGUUCGUGCCGCAUCUCGAGCAUGAGGAGGACACCAGUUAUUUUGACACACGGACGGACCGUUACAACCACGAAGACUCGGAGGAGCAGGACGACACGGACGAGAACAUCUUCAGCUCAUUCUCAUCGUGCUCACCCCGCUAUCGCAAGGUGUAUUCACGCAUAGAAAAAGAGCUGGAAGAAGAGAAUCUGCUCAAGCAUGCGUGCGAGGAAAGCCAUCGCAGGUCACUCAGCCGAACGGACUCUGCUCCGUCAGACACGAGUAGCGAAGGUACUUUGCACAGGUCAGCCAGCAUUGCAGUUGAUGCUCCAGCCUCCGGCUCUCCCCUACCGUGCACACCAAGGGAACGACUUCUCUCCAGCUCACCCGAAACAAAUCUGGCGAAAUUGGUGCUGACGAGCACGCCAGAGUCGUCUCAGACAGAGUCGGAGGAGGUGUCGCCCCAGGUGCCACGAAGAAGGAGGCCCGGCAUUCGGGAUGUGUUGCCCCGCUUCUCCAUCUCCGUGGAAGAAGGACGGCCCGCUGCCGUUGUGCCCAUCUCACCGUCCCCGGAUGUCAUCCGUGAACUGUCCCCCGUGCACGAGCGAACUUCGCGUGCAGCUGCAGUUGAUGGCGAUGCGACGGACCAGGCUGCUGGAGGAAAACCCCAGCAGAAGGGUCCGUGCCCAACCCCACCCAAAAUCUCCACAGAAACUCCCCCGUCAUCUCCGUCCCCCAGUGGCGGUAGCAUUUCCGGGAAGUUGAGAUCUCGCUCUGUCAUCAAGUCUGCAUCUGCGUCUGGAUUGUCGCUCAUCAUUCCUUCAGAUGACUCUAAUGCUGCAGCAAUGGCAACAGUAACGCUAGGGUCACCAGGUGGCUCCAGCACGAGCUCGCGUGACACUUCGCCGAGCCGCGACACCAGCUGCGGCGGUGGUAUCAGCCCCCUGGUGGCUCAGCUGAAACCUCCCAUCAUCAUCCAGCGUGGAGCUCGAGGGUUUGGUUUCACUGUCCGAGCCAUACGGGUCUACUACGGUGACUCUGAUGUGUACACAGUGCAGCAUCUUGUCAUGGCGGUGGAGAACAACAGCCCAGCGUUUGAAGCAGGCUUGCGUCCCGGGGACCUAAUAACCCACAUCAAUGGGGAGCCAGUGCAGGGCCUGCUACACCCGCAGGUGCUUCAGCUUAUUCUGUCUGGAGGCUCACGUAUCCACAUCCGUACCACACCCCUGGAAAGCACUUCCAUCCGUACUGGAGGACGCAAGCGCAACCCUACGACUAGUCGUCUUGCUCGCAGGCAUCUACGGCCACGCCGUGCAUCACAAGGCCCCACAAGCAAGCAUCAAGGAUCUCCUCCCACCCUUGGCUCGAAACCAACGGACAAGAAGCGACGAGCAUCCCUCCUCCGACGCCUUAGCUCUAAACGGGCCAGCGCAGAGAUCCAGCAGCUUGUAGGGUCAGCAGUGAGCUCUGGGGCAUCUUCAUCCACCCUGGUCCCAAGUCGGAGCUUCCAGUCACUGGUGGAACCUUCAGCAAGCGGAGGAUCUCCACCACCCAGGCCCUCCAUCAAGCGACACGGUUCCCCACCAGCACGCUCGUCCUCGGAAUCUUCUCAUUCAACCACAACAUCAUCUCCGAGUACUUCGCCAGGGUCGAGUGUGCCAAAUUCCCCCGCAGGGAGCACCGGUGCUACAGCAGGGCCAGCGCACUUCCAGCGCCCCAGCUCUCUGCACGGUCUCAAGCACAAACUAGCUCAGACUUUCCGUUCCCCACGAAGAAAAUCGGUUGGCCACAUCCCACUGUCUCCACUCGCGAGAACGCCGUCCCCGUCUCCCCUUCCCGCAAUUAGUCCGACGAGGUCACCUUCCCCAUUAGCAUUUCCGCUAGGACACCAUCAUCCGCCGGGAGUGUCACAAGCCCCCCAAGUGUUUGCUGUAGGGCGCAAGGUGUCUCCACCGACGCUAGCAGCGCCAUCUACGGCGACCACGUCUGUGGCGAGAAAAUCGUUGAUGCGCCCCAAAAGCGCAGAGCCAGGUUCACCCUUACUGCGAAGAGCGCUGUCACCAGAUCGUCUUCACCCAAAGUCUGCAGAAGCGAAAAAGAGAGACUCGUUCUGCAGCCAAGCAUCACCACUCGCGCUAGCGUCGACGCCAUCGACGAGGGGUUCGCCGCCGAGAGUUACCACGAAAAUGGCCACAACGUCGUUGUCACCAGCAAGGCUGUUAAAGUCUGCGAGUUCACUGAUGGCUGGGGAGGAGACAGCAGAAGAGUGGCCAAGAGCCAGGAGUCAUUCCCAGAGUGAGGUAGAAGGAGUCACAAGCAUCGAGCCUGCAGCUAGCAUUUGCAAAGAAUUAGAAAGCAAGGAAGUGGAUGCUACCUUUACAGAAACGGCAGCAAUCACAUUAAAGACUGAAAAUGCGAGCGGAGCAGUGCCCAUGUUUACGGUGACACCUAGCACACCGCUGCCACCUGUUGAGAGCGAGAAGACAACAGAGGGGGACGAAGCCAAGUGUGGAAAGGGGCCAACACCCACAACAACCACAAUGCAGACAUCAACUAUGAAGCGUGCGAAAUCAAAAGGUGUUCCUGCACCUCAAAGGUCAUCUGCUGAUGCAGGCGUGGCUGGUACGAUUGCAGUGUCAACCGUUGCAUCAAUGUCUGCAAAGGCUCACCAUACUGAGAGCUCUAUCACGUCUGCCGAGGCCAUUAUUGUGCCCGUGCAAAAGAGCGAGCCACAGCCAGCGUCAGAAACUGUGAUAGUUACCGCGACUUCGAAGCCUGUGGUGCCAACGACAUCAAAAGUUCCGUGUCAGACGACCCUGUCAGAAUCGACCACCGUGGUGUCCUCCUCUACAGCGCAGACUGUACCAACAACGGUACUGAAGGUGGCGUCUCGCAAGUCAUUUGAGCCUGUCGUCACUCCGCCCGCGGAUUCGUCACCUGCUUUAGGAACUGUUACAAGCGUUGACCCUCAACCUGGUGCUAACAAGCCGGUGGCUUCAGAUGGGAAGUGGCGGCAUUCAGGAACAAAAAAAGGUUCUACUUCGAAGCAGAAAGAACAAGCAGAUCUCAAGUCUGCAGAGACUAAACAGAGCAGCAAAAUUCAAAAGGGGCCUCCUUGAAUCCCGUUUGUCUGUGUCGUAAAGAAAGCAACCAGUAUUUAUUUAGCCCUUCCUGUAUCAUAUCCCGUCUCUCUUCAGAGAGAGUGCUGUAUAUAAUUGUAAUUACUGAGUUCCACGUGCCGUGCAUGUUCCUUGAAGUGAUUGUGCAUUUUAAGCCAGUGAAAUGGUGUCCUGCAGUUGUAUAAAAAAAAAAAGCUGUUCGCACACCUCAAGCUGCCGGAUUUCUCAAGUGCAAUCUGCGUUUUUCUUUGACGAUUUCACAAAAACCUUGCUGUAUGUUAUUGUGGUUCAGUAUGUUUGCUUCUUUGCUUCGACUUCAUAUCAUUGUUGGGUAAUAUUUUAACCUAAGGCCAAGCCUUGAAAUGCAAACGCAUUGAGACAGUUGAAACGACGUCUAAUGCUGCUUCCUGCUUUUACCCCAUUGGAUCUUCAGCAGUAACAUGUAAUGCGACUGUUUAGGUGUAUUCUACGAAUGUUGAUAACGAGCAAAGUCAUGGUCUAAGGUGCAUUCCUGUUGUGGUGUUGUAGCAUCACUGCUUCAUCUACAAUCAUACCGGUGCAAUUUAUCUGCCUCGCCUAUUUUUCGCGUCUACCACAUAUCAAGUUUGUGGUGCCCAAAGUACCACCACUGUAGUACUCCACUGUGUUGAGUCCUUCGAUAAUUAGCGGCAAAAUAUUUCCGUUCUGUACAUAGUUGCUUUACGAAAAUUGUGCAGGAAAAGCUUUCGGGAAUCAAAAGUGGUUGCACUUUGUUGGUGUGGGCCUGCACUUCAUUCCCUGUCGCUUUUAAUUGCCGCAGUUGUAUUGGCCCUUCGUUGUAAACAUUGAUGGCCACCAUGUUAUUGCAGGACGUGAUGUUUGUGCAUAACUGAACAUUUUUAUUCGUGUUUUACCAGUAAUAUGCACUUUUAUAUGCUGCGCUAGCGAUGCCAAAUAUUACCCAAUGUAAAUUCCUUUUUCGUGUCAGAACUGAGGCCCCCAGUCAACCUCGAUGCUUUGGUGACGUCGUGCAGGUAUAGCUAGCGCCUGUGACAAACUCGACCUGUUAAAUUUGUUAAACGUAGUUGGUGUGUGUUUGUCCACAUAUUUCGAGCUCACACCGGUGUUUGUGCAAUGUCAUUCUCAGUGAUCAGCAGGAGACUGUUUUGACUACUGAUCUUAGUGCUGCCGUGUGAUGUGUUCCCGUAGACAAAGAUGUGUUGCCCAUUUAGAAGCUCAGGCUACUGCUCCCCCACAUCCAGUGCUCUGUGUGCCAUAUACUAUUGAACUUUCUAAUUCCAUCCCAGUCCACGUAAAACGGCACUGUUAUGUUUCGGGGGUGCUUUUCCGAAGUCCCGCUGCCACCAUCGUUUCUCUGUACGACUCUGGUCGGUAAUAGAGCUCCCUGUUGGCUAUGUAAAGGAUGUACACAUAUUUUCUUAUUAUAGUUUAAAGAAUGAGGUUUUGUGAAGAAUAAAUUAGUUUUCUGUCCCACUUAGAA